AUGGAUAAAACAUUAUAUAAUUUAUAUUUACGAAAUAUAAAAGAUAAUAUUAAAGAUAUAAAUGAUUUAUUAAAUAAUAGCAAUAGUAAUAAUAAAUUAAAAGAAAUAGAGAAAAUAAAUAUCGAAUUAAAAAGUGAAUGGGAUUUAUUUCAAUUGGAAUACAAAAGAUUGUACACCAAAUCAGAAGAUCCAACAGUUUUAAGUUUAAAAAAUGAAUAUCAGACACUACAGAAGAGAAUUAAAGAAUUGAAUGAUAAGAAUCAAUUGGAUCGUUUAUUAGAGUAUGAGAGGAAUGGAACUGGUAGUGAUAGUUAUAUACUGAGGAAUCCAAAUAGACAGGAACAACAACAACUAGAUAGAGUUAAACAGUGUAAAGUAGUCGCAGACAACGGUACAAAGAUGUUGAAAGAAGCCGUAUCAAUGUUACACCAGGACAUACAGGUAAUGUCUGACACCAUGAUAGAAAUGAAAGCACAACGUGAACGAUUGGAAAGAAUCGAUAAGAAAUUCGAUAAUAUCGAUGCUAAAAUUGAAGUUUCCAGUAAAUUGAUAAAGAAAAUGUCAUAA